AAACGUACUCAGAGCUUGAUUCUGCAGCAGAGGCGUCAACAUGGCAUCCAAAAACUCCUUACCCAUCAGCGGUACCAUGACGGUCAUGGUCAUCGUGGUUGUCCUUGUUCCAUCAGCACUGCUGGAUCCGACAGCCGAUUUCAAGGCCGAUUUCUUGAAGAAGUGUAACGAGUUUCCAGAAGACCCAAAGAUGUAAGUCUCUUUACACUGUCCAUUACAGAUGCUGAAAUUUAAGGAGGCCUCAUCAGGAUUGAGUCGAAACAAUUUUUUUUGCAGUAACAUAAAUAAUCGAACACUUUUUUAUUGUGGAUUUAAAAAGUCUGAUAUAUUAACUUGUUUCAUUUGUCUUUCAGCUGUGAGGAUAAAUUCAAGAUCUUUGAAAAAGCCUAUGUGGGGAUUGAAGAAUCAGAUAUCACUAGGGAUAGCUACAACGAUCUCUUUAAGAUUACGCCCUUCAAGCAUCCAUGUGAAAAAGUAAGCUUCCUCCAUCACACAGCUCUUUACUGUGGAUUUUAAUGUGUGUGUCUAACAAUGUCAUGUUUACUCUUGUGGGGAUAGACCAUGUUUUAUAGCGGCACACAUGACCUGGCCACCGGGUUCACUAAGAACAGAAAAGAUUUUUUCAGCGUGGAGGACACUUUGUUGGGACAUGCGUUGGCCGGAAAAGAAUGGUGUGGAAAGAUAGGCAGCAAGGGUGAGUUAUCAUUCACAGUCAGUCCAGAGUCUGAAAAAUACUGUUUCGCCUAGCUUCAUAUCACAAUGCAAUUAUGUUAUUGCUUGUUAUCAUAAAACAAUUAAAUUGUCUUUGUUUUCUUACACGACUUGAAAAACAGGAGCAUUUUGUGAUAUCUAUCAGUCGGCUAAAUAACUUCAAUGCAAGUUCCUUGAUCUAAAAACUGUCACACAGAGAUCAACUGCAGUUUUAAUAGCAAGUAACAUUUAUUAAGAUAUGGUUUGUGUGUUUCUGCCUCUGUUUUUUAGAAACCUUUUUAGAAGAUGAAUGCACAGGCAAUGCUCGCCUUCAAUUCUGGCUGAAGAUGUCUGUCGAGGUAAGAACUCUGUGGAAAAAUCAUUUCUUUUAUAAGCAGUUGCACUAAUUCAGUCAGUACAAUAUUCAAGGGUUCUUAAACUUACAAAAAAAAAAAAAAAAUCAUCAGGCCUGGUUCUCCUAAAAAGUCCUUGUUGGUCCCCUGGGGAGCAAAAUUGCACAUUUCAUUUUAACUGAGACACGGGCUGACAUGAGGGAGGUGUGACCACAUGUGCUGUGAUAAGUUUACUCAGACUGGUGUAAAUAAUAAAACUGUCCAACCCUUUACUGUCAUGCUUUAUGUUUGUAGUUUGCAAAACACACCUGUAAGGAUCUCCAUGUGAUGCUGGAUGGUACACCGCAUCCAUUCUUCCCGGGCACGUAAGCAGCUCUACAUUUGCUCUGAUGACAGUUUUAUAAAUGAUACCAGUGAAAAGAAAAUCCCUCUACCUGUGCUGUUUCAUAUGUUCAAAUAUGUAUAAAACUGUUCUUCAUGGACAGUAAAAGCUCCUUUAAAGAUUGAUGAUUUUGUAUAAUCCUUAAAGUUUGCUCCUCUGUCUUUUUGCUCAAAGUGCCUUAGCUGAAGAAGAGAUCCCCUAUCUUCAUCAUCCCAAAGUCGAGAGCCUCACUGUUAUUCUGGUUGUUGAUAAGAAGACACCUGGAGAGUAUGAUUUCACUAACUGAUUAAAUAAAUACAUUGAUAAAUUUGUCUUAUAAAUACAUGAACAGAUAUUAUGAACAGUGUUUCCACAGUUACUUUUAAGAAGUAAUUUGAUAACUGAUUACAGAUUAGUCCUUUAAAAUGUUUUUUAGUUACUUUACUGAUUAUUUGAUUUGAAAAGUAACAAAGUUGGACAACAAGUUACUUUUUAAGUUAUAUUCAGCAGCCUGAACAUAUAAAUGACACUCUCUUUAUUGGAAGUGUAAUUUUAACAGGAAUGUCAAAAAAUACAUGUUUAAAAGCAUAAUAAUAAAGAUAAUCUUUCUUGACUGAAAACAUAAACAAUUUUAUAUAUAAAGACAGUCUUUAUUGACUUAUAAAACACACUUUUUUAUUGUUAUCUUUAGCUGACACAAAGUAAAAAUAGUGGCCAUACACGGGGUGUGCUAACCCUCCAGGCUAUCUAGUUUCACACUGCAGUUCCUGCUUUUUAAAGAUAUUGUAUCAUCUCUUCAUGUCUCUGAUUUAGAGAUAAGUGCAACAAUGAGUCCCUCAAUGAAUUGAAGGAAUUCAUGACAGAAGAAAAGAUCCCCUACGAUUGCAAGGAAGUGACUCGGUAAGCAAACUGUCAACCAGAAUUGACUCUGUGCUCUUUUUUGUCGUUAAAAAACAAACGUUCAUGUGUUUUGUUCAUUUCACAGAGCUCACAUUGAGAAGUUAACAGAACAAGGCACAGGAAACAUCUUUGAAUAGGUGCUGCCCUGAGUGUCAUGUACGCUGCACUGUUUAAGAAGAAAUCCCUCAAUGCAGAAAGAUAAAUCAUUUAUCUUAAAUUUGUUGAUUUUCUAAAGAUUUGUGAUUGACUUUUAGAAAACCAAAGUUUUAACGCCUCAACAUGUGCAAAUGUGGACUGAGUGUAAUGGAGCAUUAAAUAAUCUGAGCGAGAAUUUGUGGGCUUUGUCUGAUUUGUUUGAAUUACAAAAUAAAUGUCAAAUGGUGUCUA